GUACACUUUGAGCACCUAAUAGAGAAGGAAGAACUAGUUGUGGAGUGGAUGUAGGUCAGAUUAGACCGAACCACUAUAAAUCUUGUGUUCUUGUUCUUGAAAUUAAAGUGUGUAAGUGUGUGAGCUUGCUGCAUAUUCUUAUAGUGUUCGUGUGAAUCGUGUUAACACCAUUCUCUUGUAAUAAUAGACUAAUUAUUAUAUAAAAUAAUAAUAAUAAUCAACCCAUACUCUAGGUAGCUUAGCAUUUCAGCCAAGUAUAAAGAAAGAAGUAGCUUUGCCACAUUGAUUGUGAAGAACCCCGAUGGAUCCAGACGCUUUGUCCAAAGCAUUCGUCGACCAUUACUAUUCUACAUUCGAUACCAAUCGGUCUGGCUUAUCUACUCUCUACCAAGAGUCUUCCAUGUUGACUUUUGAAGGUCAAAAGACCCAAGGCUCUCAGAACAUUGUCAACAAGCUCACUUCUCUCCCCUUCGAUCAGUGCAAACAUACCAUUACCACCGUCGAUUGCCAGCCUUCUGGUCCUUCUGGCGGUAUGCUUGUCUUUGUUAGUGGUAAUCUCCAACUUGCUGGUGAACAACACGCUCUUAAGUUCAGUCAGAUGUUCCAUUUGAUGCCUACACCACAAGGAAGCUUUUAUGUGUACAAUGACAUAUUCCGCCUGAAUUACGCUUGAGCUUUUCGACAACUCAAAUGUUAAGGUGUUUUCUUUACUUUUUUGGUGUUAAAGAUACAAUUUCUCUUUAAAGAAGGAAAUCAUGUCUUUAAAAAAACUUUGUUAUGUUGUAUAUUACUUUUGAAUAUUGUUGAAUUGAAGUGAGUUGUGAUGUCGAUGCACGCUUCUUUUUGUGA